UAGGAAGGGGUAUGACGGUGUAUGACGCUAUUAUUUAUGUUCUCUAAUCUCUAUUACAAUUUUGAUUAGAAAAAAAUUUCGUCGAUAUUGAAAUUGCGAAUUAAAUUUAUAAUGUGAAUGUUGAUCUCGCAUAUCAAACCAAGAUGCCAAAGUUCCUCAGUAAACACAAUGCCACUCCGUGUUAUAAAUGCACCAUAAGACUUUUAGAAGACACAGAAGCCUUAGAAUGCGAAUUCCAGUCAAAUCACAAGGGGCAAUACUUAUUGGAUUACGCUUGCGAGCAAUUAAACUUGGUUGAAAAGGAUUACUUUGGAUUACGCUAUGUUGACGCUGAAAAACAAAGGCAUUGGUUAGACCCAAUCAAAUCGGUGCUGAAACAAAUAAAAGAUGUGGAACCAGUUCUGUUCAGCUUUCGUGUGAAAUUCUACCCACCGAAUCCUUUCACAUUGAAAGAGCAGAUUACUCGGUACCAAAUAUACUUGCAGUUGAAGCGAGAUUUAUUGCAUGGUAGACUUUAUUGCAGUAAUGACGACGCCGCAUUACUAGGAGCUUAUAUUUUACAAGCUGAAUUGGGCGAUUAUAACCCUGAUGAACAUAUUGGCAAUUAUGCCAGCGAGUUUAAAAUAUUUCUAAAGCAGACGCUGAAUAUUGAAGAAAGAAUGAUGGAAAUCCAUCAAAUCGAACUCAAGGGUGUUUCUUUGGAAGAAACUGAGGCCAAUUUUUUACGUAAAGCUUGUACUUUGGAUACGUACGGUGUUGAUCCACAUCCUGUAAAGGACCAAAAGGGGAACCAAUUAUAUUUAGGUGUUAAUUUUAAUGGUAUUCAGACAUUCCAAGGAAGUCGUAGAACUAAUCAGUAUAGAUGGAGUGAAGUACAAAAAAUUAAUUACGAAGGCAAAAUGUUCAUUGUUCAUUUGGUUUAUAUCGAAGAUCCGAGGACCAAGAAAAAAGAAACCGUUGGUUUCAAAUGUCCAACGACAGCAGCCUGCAGACACAUUUGGCGUUGCGCUAUCGAACAGAUGUUAUUUUUUACUUCUCCUUCAAGUUCAAACGUGCCGAGAGUGGUUAGCGGGGGCGGAUUCUUCUCCGGAUCGAAAUUCCGCUACACUGGCCGAGUAGAACGCGAAGUUUUGGAAGAGAUGGCUCAGCUAUUAAGAGAAGAGCCUCCAAUCAACAGAGUAGGCAGCUUAAGGAGGAAAGCGUCGAGCGUACCGGCCACUCCAUCUACCCCUAUUGUUUCGGAACUUUCUAAUUUCCAAGACGGAGGUUAUGGCAAUUCACCUAGACUUAAUUACACUACUUUUGAGAAUCGUCUCAAUUGUAACAUGGAUCAGGUUAACUUGCAGUUUAACGGAGAUGGCAAUAUUUUAGAACCUUUGGCCGAAGAUGCUGAAGCGACGUCGAAUCGUUUUGGUAAAAAAAGAGUCGAUGAAUUAGACACAGCAUGCAAUAAUUUAAAAAUCAAUGAUGCUGCCAAAGAUGCUGGAUUUAAAGAAUCAUACAGUGAAAGCGCUCUGUAUUAUAAUCGUGAUCCGAUCGAGCACUCUUCGAGCGAAAGUCACAUUACGGGAACAGCUUCGCAUCGUUCGAGCCGCAGCCAGACGCCAGUUCCCAAAGGCAAUGUUCAUUUCUCUCAUAAUAUGCCCUCAGACGAACCUAUACGAUUUGUUCGUCAGCAUCCUCAAAUCGGGUACACGGCUUACAAGAAUGAAAAAUCGAAAUCCGUGUGUUCGAGAACGUGUUCGUUCUUCAAGGCGUGUUUACCUUCGCUAAUAUUGACCAUCUUGUCACUGCUCAUAGUGAUGAUUAUCGCUUUCGAAACAAACACCGAAUUUUUCGCUCUGUUACGACGUGCUCCUGAGAUGGUACUGAUACGACGUCAGUAUUACGAGCCUGUCAAAGAGCAGGUUAUGACCGUGGUGGAUCAAGUUUUUCGAAAAUUUCGAAAAUGAUUUUUUUCUCCAUUGACGAGUAGAUUGGAGAAUUACACUUGGUGAAGGGUUUAGGUGGCUGUUAUGAAACUGAACGCAGCGACUUGUUGGAAUGACAAAUGUGAUUUACAUGUUUACUACUAUACCAAUGAGUAACAAAAAACAAAACAUUCCUUUCGAGUUCCUGUGUGUUUUCAUUGCAACGUGUAUUACGUAACCUUUGUAAAUAGGUUUUGUUCGCUGUGUGCUUUCCAAAUUUCUACACUUUUUUUACAAAUUGAUUAUGUACCGGAUACGUAGUUUUUUGUUCUCUAUUUUCUUAUUGGCUAAAAAAUCUCUCGUUCCGAUACGCUAUGACGUUUUGUGAUUUAUUGCAUGUUCACACGAUGACUUAAAGCCUGUGAUUUUUUUUGAAGAAAAAAAAAUUUGGUAAGGUUUUAAUUUUUAAGGUAUUUAAUUAUAUUUUGGUGUGGUAUUAAUUUAAUAUGUGAGUAUGUAUUUUCUAAGUGUGUACUGGUACUUUCAUUAAUGCAUUUUUGUCUCGUAUGUGCGCUGGAUGUCGUCUUUAAUUUAUUACGAUUAUUUUAAGUAGUGUUGAACACAUAUUUAAUGAGAAAACUGCUCUGCUCGUAUUUCCAGCAAACCUGUAUUCUUGUCAGUAAUUUUAACUUUCCUCUGAGGCAUUAGAUGCGUCACCUAGUGCAAUAAUAAUAGUAUUUUAUUUAUUUAUUAUACGUGUUAAGGCUGUAAUCGUAGUAUUUCUACUGAUAGGUGUUUCUUUUCCUUUACGAGAUUUCCAUUCCUAUUGGAAAAAGAUGCUGCAAAAAAAAAAAGUAUUUUUCAGAUAAUAAAUUGUUUUUUCUUUACAUUUUUAAAAUGAAAAUGCGUUUCUGCAAAUACCUAUUUUUGAAAACAUAAAUUACAAGUUUAAAAAUAUGAACAUAAAUGAAAUCCUUAAUUUUUUCUAUUUAUUUUGUUUUAGAAUGCUACAAUUAUGUAAAUUUUUUUAUUUAUGGUCGCAAUGCAAUUGACAUAUCUAGAUACAUUGAUAGUAGAUCACAGCUUUUUGAUUCAAUUUUCAUUUGACGUUAACGUUGAAAUGCUGUUGUUACGAAUGAACAUAGAAAAGAAUCAUUCCGGUGUCUGUGUAUUGAUGUAUUCGAUGUGUACGCUUAUACAUAAUAUGCAAUACAUAUAACGUAUCUUACGAGGAAUAAUUAUUGAUAUUGUCAAUUACACUUUUAUAUUUUUUAUAGAUCUCGUAAUGUCUCCGUAUGAUAUUGUGUGUUUGUACAACAUUCCAUUGUAAGCAGUUUAAAAAUAAAAAGUGAAUUCGUA